AUGGUGCGGAACGAGCAACCCACCGACACGGAGAUCGCGCUCAUGGAGCUCCAGCGCAAGUAUAAGAUCAUGGAGACCAACCGACGCGCGUACACCGAGGACGCGCAGGUCCACAUAAAGCGCCAGCGCGCGAUCAUCGACAAGCUCAAGGAGGAGAACGACGCCCUCAAGGGCGAGCUCUCCGCCGAGCUCGACGCGCCGGGCGCGCUGCCCACGCCCAACGUCAACGCCGAGAUCAUUCGUUUGACCGACUUUGCCGACCUCUACACCCGGAAGAUCGAGAUGGAGAGGCGCCGCGUGGAGGAGCUCGACCAGCACCUCGCGCUCUCGGAAGCCGCGAUCAUCCAGCAGAAGAAGGCAAUGGGAGGCGUGGGCGCCGCGAAGGAGAACGACCAGCAGCUCAUAAAGCAGGUCAGGGUCCUCGAGAACAAGCUCGACAAGACGCUGAUGAACUUCAACGAGGCCAUCUCCCACAACAAGAAGCUGCGCGACGAGAUCGACGUCUUGCGCCGCGAGCGGCUCACGUUUGACGAGGUGUACAAGAAGAUGAACAAGGAGCUCGCGGAGAAGAAGCGGGAGAUGGCCAACGUCGUGGAGAUCACCAACAUCGCGUACGAGGCCCGGGACCAGGCGCACAACGAGAUCGCGGCGUUGCGCGCGCAGGGCGACAGGGAGGCUGCGCAGUUUGACGCGGAGUGGCGCGAACUCGGGCGCAUCAUCGAGCACGACAAGAAGAUGAAGGAGGCGGACAUGCGCAACAAGCUCAAGGCUGCCGAGCUCGGUUUGGCGCUCGCGGAAGGGAAGGAGAAGGCGGGUAUGAACACCGCCAAGGGCGACUGGGCGAUGGAGGCGAAGAAGGGCGCGUCGCAGCUGGCGCUGUACGAGGAGGCUUUCAAGCAGAUUAAGAAAGCCACCGGCAUGACGGACAUCGACGACCUGGUGACGGCGUUCAUCGCCGCCGAGGACCAGAACUUCUCGCUCUUCAACUUCGUCAACGAGCUCAACAAGGAUCAGGAGAAGCUCGAGGAGCAGGCGGCCGAGCUCAGGGCCGAGAUUGCGCGGUACCAGGGCAGCGGCAGCGUCGAGCACGUGCAGCGCAAGCGAAUCCUGCAGGAUCUCGAGAAGCAGUUGGUCAAGACGGAUGCCAACACGCAACAGUACGAGAAGCGGUUUCAGGGAACCCAGAUGACCUUCGACGCCCUGAAGGAGGCUGUCGCUUCGAUGUACGCCAAGCUGGGCUGCGACGACCCGAGCAACCGCGAGCUCUUGGGCGACCAAGGGGUCACCGAGGCUAACAUUCUCUCCUACCUCGGCGUCAUCGAGCAACGAUCGAACGAGAUCCUGCAGAUGUACGCCGCGGCCACGUCUCCGGACGACGUGACCCAGGUGCUCGGCGCGACCGGACCGCUGACUCCCUCUGGGAAGGGCAAGACCGGCGGCGGCGCGGGUCCCGCGACCAUCGUGCCGCCGAGCACGGCGGCUGACGAGGACGACGACGAGGACAGCGACGACGGGUCCGCGCCGCUCACCAGGGAGGAGCUGCAGGCGAAGACGCUGAGGGCGCUGAGCCGGGGGUCGUCGGGCCAAGGGGCGAGACGGGGCGGCGCGGCGGCGGGGGGAGGCGCGAGGAAAGGCGCGGGGGGCAGGAAGGUGUCGAGGAGGCUCUGACGCGUCGGUGAGUCGUCGUGAGUGAGAGCUUUAAUUCCAACGCGUGCGUAAAAAGAAAGUAGCGUCGUCG